AUGGCAUUAUUUUUUUCAAAGUCAAUCUUUUCAUUGCAAUGUUUAGCUUAUAAUAAUAAUAAUAAGAAUAAUAUCUUUAAAAGAAAAGUUAAUAUAUAUGGAGAAGAGGAAGAAUAUACAUAUGGGCAGUUGAUAGUAGUAGUUGUAAUAAUAUUGAUUAAUAGUGAAAAUAUUGGUAAUAAUAAUAUUAGUAAUAGUAGUAGUUGUAAUAAUAUUGAUUAUAAUAAUAGUAAUAGUACAAAUCUAAAAUUACCAAAUUCUAUUAUUUAUAAUAUUAUAUCUAUGGUUUGGAAUUUAAGAGAUCGUUGUACAUGUAUUUAUGAUACAAAUGUAUUAGAGAGAAAUCAAUUGAUGAUUUGGAAUGAUGAAUCAUUUAUUGAAUCAUUCCAUGCAAUCAAGAAUCAAUGUUCAGUUCAUUUUUCAACAACAACAACACCGUAUACUCCACUUGGAUUGAAUGGAAUACAUGUCAAUCGAUCAAGAUUACAACUAUCACUCAUUUCAAAGGAUAUAUUCGAUUAUAUCAAAUUAAAUCACUUUAAUCAUUUAUUUAUAUCUCGAGUUGGUCAAGAAGUGUAUACCCAAAAACCAGCUGAUACUUGCAUGUUAAAGAAUAACAUUAGAUCAAUCUCUUCAGCCCGUUUCAGUAUUGAACAUAGAAGUGCAGUGACGUUGUUUACAAGGGAACAGAGAUUGGCAAUCACCAAGAUAAAUUACUCGAACUUGACCAAACUGGAUAUUCGUAGUGUUCAAACAGGUCACACAACUCCUGAACAGAAUCAACUUGCCAAGGUACUAAAAGGAAAACCAAUCACCAAACUCUACUACCACCAGAGUAUGACAAGUUCAUACCUCGAACUUUCAGAUGACGUUAAACAAUCACUCCGAUGCAUUUUAAUCGACCCCAAACAAUCUAAUAUUCUCGAUCAUUUUCCAAAUGUCACUCAUCUUCAACUUCAUCCAGAACACUCUGCAGAGUAUAAAGAAGAAUUCAAGUUUCCAGACAGAAUCAAAAAGAUAACAUGCUCCAACUUUGAAAGUGCAAGACAACUUGUCAAACUCAACACUUGUCUUGACACUUUUAAAUAUUAUCGCAAGGAUGGAUACGAUAUCCUUCUUUUCCUAAAUGAACUUUCAAAAGAUUUUAGUCUUUCACACCUCAAAACAUUUAUUUAUCAAUCCAACUCUACCAUUCCUCUAAUAGACAUGCCAACUACCAAUUUUCAACUAAUCCACUCGAGAUCUAAAAUCAUUGGAAAUGUUGAUCAAAAAAUUCACUUAUUAUUUUCAAGAAGAGAGGAAUAA